AUGGCCACGGCCACACGCAAACGCAGCCGCGACAACUUUGAAAUUCACGAAGAUCCCCCCCACGCCCGCACAGAAGACACCGAGAUGAUGGCCGAGUCGGAACAACACACCGAAGAGGUCGAAGAGGAGGAGGAGGAGGAGGUCGAGGAACCCUCCGACGAGAGCUCCGAUGAGGACGAGGUUGUCGACACGGACGUUCAACGCGACAUGGACCGUUUACAAGAUACCUUUCCCGGCUUCCCCCAAAGAUAUCGCCUAAUUAAGAGGAUUGGUGAAGGCACUUUCUCGACAGUCUACAAGGCUGAGGACCUCCAAUACGAGUUCUACGAUAACAGCUGGGAUCUCGAAGAAAAGGACAACCUCGCUGCGAAGUGGACGUCGCCGCCUCUGAAGUCCAACGCCAGCAACACAUCAGUAACCCGCGAUCGUCGCCGCGCCCGAUAUGUCGCCAUCAAGAAGAUCUACGUUACCUCGAGUCCCAACCGCAUCCUCAACGAGCUCGAGCUCCUGCACGACUUGAGGAACUGUGCCGCCGUGUGCCCCUUGAUCACAGCCUUCCGGUCCACUGACCAGGUCAUUGCUAUACUGCCCUAUUUCCGUCACGAGGAUUUCCGUGAUUACUUCCGCCAGAUGAAGGUCUCGGAUAUGGCCAUCUACCUUCGCAGCUUGUUCACCGCCCUGAAGGCCGUCCACGAACACAAAAUCCUCCAUCGCGAUAUAAAACCCACAAACUUCCUCUACGACCCUCAAUCAAGACGCGGUGUGCUGGUCGACUUUGGUCUUGCUGAACGCGAGGGUUCCGACAGCAAGCCUUGUCUCUGCCACGAGAGCAAAGACGUACGCAAACAGAGAAUCACCAACAGCGCGGCAUCCCAAAACGGCCCUCAGCAGGGCUACCCCAAGACAGACACUCGGCCGUCCAGGAGGGCGAACCGUGCCGGCACAAGAGGUUUCCGUGCCCCCGAGGUGCUUUUCAAGUGCACCGAGCAGACGACCAAGAUUGACAUCUGGUCAGCGGGUGUUAUCCUAUUGACAAUCAUGAGCAAGCGGUUCCCCUUUUUCAACAGCGCUGACGACGUCGAGGCCAUGGUUGAGAUCGCCACUAUCUUUGGUGUCAAGCGCAUGAAGCAGGCGGGCCUCCUCCACGGCUGCAUGUUCGAAACCAAUAUUCCCACAGUCGGCAAUGCAGGAUUCUCGCUUGGGAAGAUUAUUCUCUGGUCCACAUGCCGCACCGAUGGCGGUAAGGACGGUCAGCCUGGCAUUCCCUUGACAGACGAGGAGAAGCUGGCCGUCGAUUUCCUGGAGCGCUGCAUGGAGCUCGAUCCUGCUCGACGCAUCAGUGCCAAGGACGCUUUGGAGCACGAGUUCCUACGGGAACCUAAGCCCAAGCAGUCGGUGGAGAUGGAUGAUGAUGAUGAGAUGCAUAUCCUGGAGGCGUAA